AUGGUCUAUUACUUCACUUCCAAUGUGGUCUCCCCUUCCGCUGAUAUCUAUGCGGGCAAGGAUAAAGUCGAAAAUGAGGAUCUCAUAAAAUAUGGCCUUGAGGAGGAUGUCUGGUUCCAUGCCGACAAGCUGUCAAGUGCCCAUAUUUACCUCCGAAUGAAAGCGGGCGAAAGCUGGGAGGCUAUUGACGAGGGAAUCCUGACCGAUUGUGCUCAAUUGACUAAGGCCAAUUCCAUCGAAGGGAACAAGAAGGACAAUGUGACUAUUAUCUACACCCCAUGGGCAAACCUCAAGAAGGAUGGGUCUAUGGCUGUCGGUCAAGUUGGUUUCAAGGAUCCUCGGAAGGUGAAAAAGAUCUUGGUUCCGCAAAGAGAGAACCCUAUCGUCAAUCGUCUGAACAAGACAAAGAUCGAGAAGUUCCCGGAUCUUCAGAUGGAGAGGGAAGAAAAGCUGAAGGCUAUCAGGAAGAGAGAUCAAGCUGCCAGAUUAGAAAGGAAGAAAGAAGAGGCUAGAGUGGCCGAGGAGCGGAAGCAGAAAAAGUGGCAGAAGGAUCAUGCCUAUGAUGAAAUGUUCCAGGAGCAAGACCCUGAAGUGCCGAACAACCAGGAUGGUUACGACUCCGACGAUUUUAUGUAG